AUGGAUCUCGAUAAUCGUAUAAAAGCUUACAAAUUUGUCUCUUAUGCUGCGGUAACAUUUUCUACUGUUGCUGUACUAUCAGUAUGCGUAACAUUACCAAUGGUAUACAAUUAUGUCUAUCAUGUUCGACGACAAAUGCGUUCCGAAAUUAAUUACUGCAAGGGCUCGGCAAAGGAUAUUUGGAUGGAAGUGGGUCAUUUGAAGCAAAUGCCGAUUAAUAAAAAUCGUACUGCUAGGCAAGCAGGGUACAGCUCUAGUAUAGGUGUAAACGCUGGUGAAAGAGCUACUCAAGAAGGAGCUUCUGGCUGCGAAAGUUGCUGCUUACCAGGUCCACCAGGCCCAAAAGGCACACCAGGUAGACCUGGAAAACCUGGAAGGCCCGGUAUACCAGGAAUGCCUGGAAAUCCAGGAAGACCACCAAGCCAACCGUGUGAACCAGUUACACCACCACCGUGUCAGCCAUGUCCACCUGGUCCACCAGGGCCUCCUGGACCACCAGGACCACCUGGAGAUGCAGGACCAGACGGAGCACCAGGCCUGGGAGGUGGAGCCGGAGCACCGGGUCCAGCAGGGCCAAAAGGACCACCAGGACUGCCUGGAGAACCUGGGCCACAAGGACCACCGGGUCCACCAGGAGAGGAUGCGCCAAACGAAGGCAUCAUUCCAGGAGAACCUGGACCACCAGGCGAUAUAGGACCACCUGGGCCACAAGGCCCACCGGGACAACCAGGUGCCGAUGGACCGCCGGGACCAGCUGGACCGAAAGGACCGCCAGGACCGCCCGGACAACCCGGUGCCGAUGGCCAACCUGGAGCACCAGGAGAACCAGGAGAACCUGGUGCUCCCGGUGAAAAAGGUAUCUGCCCGAAAUACUGCGCCAUCGACGGUGGUGUUUUUUUCGAGGACGGUACUCGAAGAUAA